CGUAGUGUCAUUUUUAAGUUGGCACUAAGUUCUUCAUUCUCAUAUGAAGAAUUCGAUCAGAUUGAAUAAAAUUUGAGUAGUUUUCCAAUAAUUUUCCAAUACAAAUGAUGGCCUGCAAAGCCUCGAGCGCACCUUUUUUGCGUAAUAUCGUUGUACGUAGCUAUUCAGCACAAGCUGCUCCGGCUUUAUCAUGCUCCAAAUUGGAACAAACAACUCUUCCAAACAAAAUAGUUGUUGCAUCGGUAGCAAGUAGUUCACCUUUAGCCCGUGUAUCAGUUCUCUUCAAGGCUGGUUCACGAUAUGAAAGCCCCGAAGAAGCUGGUUUAGCUCAUGCAUUACGUAUUGCCGCUGGUUUAACCACAGCAGGAGCUAGUAAACUUGCAAUCACACGUACUUUACAAAAAUUGGGUGCAAAUUUAACAGCUACAUCUGAUCGUGAAAGUAUCACGUACACAUUGGAAGGUACACGUGAUGCUGUUGAACAUUCAUUAAAUAUUUUACGUGAAGUUGCCACUCAACAAGUGUUCAAACCCUGGGAAAUUCAUGAUAAUCUAAGUCGAAUUCAAUAUGAAAUUACAGGUUUAGCUAAUCCAGUUCGAGCUAUUGAUAUCUUGCACAAAGCAGCUUUUCGACAAGGUUUAGGCAAUUCUUUGUUCUGCUCAAAGAGUCGUAUCAGCAAAAUUAAUGGAGAAUCGUUGUGUGAAUACGUUUCAAAAACAUUCACUGCACCACGUGCCGCAGUUGCUGGUGUUGGAAUGGACCUAAACAGUCUCGUAGCGUUCGCAAAUGAUUUACAAAUCGAGUCAUCGGAAGGACCUGCAGCCGCAUCAAAAUACUACGGUGGAGAAUUAAGAAAAGAAUCAGGCGGUCAAUUAGCUCAUGUAGCGAUUGCUGGACAAGGUGCUUCAUUAAAAGACACAAAAGCAGCCCUCGCCGCAGCUGUUUUACAACAAGCACUCGGGGCUGGUCCCUCAAUAAAAUGGGGCUCGUCUGCUGGUAACCUAGUAAAGGCUGUUACUUCAGCCGCUGGUAAAACACCAGUAGCUGUGACAGCAUUAAAUGCUGAAUACAGUGACAAUGGUUUGAUUGGAGCCCUUGUCUCAUGUCCUGCUGAAGCCGCUGAUGGUAUUGUACGUGCUGCUGUCUCAGCACUAAAAUCGAUUAAUGUCUCUGAUGCUGAUAUUCAACGUGGUAAAGCUCUAUUGAAAGCGAAUGUUUUGGAUCAAGCUGAGAGUGGUCGUACUUUAGUCGAAGAAAUUGGACAACAAGCUUUAUUACUUGGUAAAGUUACAUCCGCUAAAGAAUUGGCACAAGCAAUUGAUUCAGUUUCACAGAACGAUGUAUUAAACGUUGCCAGCAAACUAAAAAGUGGAAAAUUGUCAGUGGGCGCAGUCGGAAAUUUAACAAAAGUACCAUACGCUGACGAAUGUUAAUAAAAUAAAACAAAAACACUUGUGUUUAGUGUUUAUAGUAAAAGAAUUCAGAAAUAAAUGUAAAAAAUAAAU